AUGAUUGGCGUGCCUCCUGCGCUGCCACCGCGGCCUCCAGGGGGAGCCCCACCUGCAGCGGUGCCUUUCCGUGCUGCCUCGGAUCUGCCCGCGGCCGGCCAGCGCCGCAAAACUCCAGCAGGUGCUCCGGCUGACAUCAACUAUGGCCCCAUGGGAAAGGAUAGGCCAGACCACCUUUGGUCGGUUCUGCACCAGCGAGAGGACUCGCAACCGCCAGCGCCGAAUCGCGCAGGCAGGCCCAGGUCGCGGGACGACCACGGCGGCGGCCGGGAAAGCCGCAGUUUGCCCAGCAGGCCAGAUGAGGUAGAUCAGUUGCCUCCGCUGCAGGCACCUUUCCCGUACCAAGCAGCCUUGCCACCCAUAGGAUGGGGUGGAGGAGCCGGGGCUGUUGGGGCUGCCGUAGAUGCGGAUUGGAGGGCGGACCUCAAGGCUGCAAACCUGCGGCCACGGAUGCUGAGCCUUGAGCCUGCAGGGGAGUCCCGGGAGUGGAUGGAGAAGCGGCUUGACGUCGCGAUCACUGAGCAGCGCUCGGAGAUCUCACGGCGCUUUGCAGGCUUCGAGCAGGCCGACAAGCAUUUUAAGGAUCCUCGAUUGCUUGCCCUUGAAAGAGCGCGUUUUACAAGUGACAUCGAUUGGGUGCAACGCGAACAUGAGCAGCUGCACGCACAGAUCCAGCAGGUGCGUUCGGCCGGGCAGGAGAGCGGUCAGCAGCACCAGCGCUUGGUUGGGGCUCUCACUGCGCAGAACCAAAAGCAGGACAUGCGGCUGCAGGAGCUCGAGGCCGGCCUGGCGCAAGCAGCAGCCCAGAUCCAAGGUGUCAUGACUGCGGUUUCCACGGGCGUCCUCAGCGCUGCAGGUGGCAAUGGUGGGGGCACAGGUGAGGCUGCCAUGGGAGCGGCCGCAGUCGCUGCCUCUGCCUCAGCGAACAUGGAGGUUCUGCGUGCCGGUCUUGAACGUGAGGCCAACGCCCGUGUGGCAUUGAGCGUAGAGACCGCUGAGCAGCUGAAGCAGCUGAACGACAUGGUGCAGGAGCUCAGCGGCCGCCAGCACCAGCAGGUGGCAGCUGCACAGCACCAGCUGCAGCAAAACGUCGCCCAGGAUGCACAAGAAGCCCAGCGAUAUGAAGCGCGCUUCUCGUCUCUGGAGCCCUCUGUGCAACAGCUUCGCGAGGAGCUUGAGCAGAUGCGCGACCAGCUGAGCCGCAGUGGCGCUGACUGCACACGCCGCUGCGAAGAAGCUGAGGAGAUGUGCAACAAACGUCUGCAGGGUGUGCAGGAGGCUGCUCUGAGUGCAGCGCGGGAGCUGUGGGAGGAGCACCAGGGA